AUGUCUGAUACAUGUCUGAUUACAUCAGAUUACAUGUCUGAUUACAUGUCUGAUUACAUCAAACCGACUGAUACACAUCAAUACUUAGACUUCAAGUCUUGUCAUCCUGCACAUGUGAAGAAGGCAAUCCCCUAUGGUCAGGCGCUAAGAUUAAAACGGAUUUGUAGUUCGGAAAAAGUUUUUCAGGAUAGGCUUAAAGAAAUGGAAGGUCAUUUUAUAAAGCGACGAUUUAUCAAAAAGUUGGUUAAGGAUCAGUUUUCUGAGGUUAAAGUUAAGGAUAGGGCUGAAAUGUUACGCCAAACGGAUAAGAGGAAGAAUUCUAACUUGAGUAAUAGAGUACCACUGGUAGUAGAAUUUCAUCCGGCAUUAAAGGAAAUUAAUGGAAUUGUGGAAACACUUUGGCCGAUUCUGGAGACAUCGGAGAGGAUGAGGGAUGUCUUCGGUAGUAGGCCGAUUGUUUCAUAUAAGAGACCAAAAAAUUUAAAAGAUAGUUUGGUUAGAUCUAAGGUUAAAAAGGCUAGGGAGGUAAGUGCAGGGAUGAGUAAGUGUAAUAAGAGUCGUUGUCAGAUUUGUAAUUAUGUAGAUGAGGGGAAAGAAUUUCUCGAGGGAAAAGUAAAAUACUACAUUAAUUACAACUUUGAUUGUGAUUCGGCUGGGGUGAUUUAUUUGAUUUAUUGUAGAAAAUGUGGGAAAAAGUAUGUGGGGAGUACAAUUACCAGUUUUAGGAAACGUUUUAACAACCACAAAAGUAGCAUGAAUAGAUAUGGGAGAGGUGAAAGGGGUAUGGCAGGCGAGCAUUUGUAUGCUCAUUUUUUUGAUCAAGGUCAUAAUGGUAUGCAAGAUGUGAAAGUUAAAAUUAUUGAUAAAACUAAUGUUGCAUGUCCCACACAAAGAGAAGGUUUGUGGGCAUAUAAACUGAAUUCGUUUGAACCGCAUGGGUUGAAUUUAAAAGACUUUGUUUGAACAAUAGAGUUAAUCAUGCGAAUUAUUGUAAUUAGGGUA